GACUGAAGUGGCAAUUUGCGAGCGAGGUGACGUGUGAUGAACCAAAACAAGUCAGUGGAGUAGAAGUUAAAAUGUUUAUAAUUCCUUUAUGUGCGUGAGAGGUUUAAAGGUAGCAGUUUGUGUGCGGGGCGUGUCUCUGAUAAGCAAACUACUGUGGUGAGCUUAGCUUUGUUUUUCACCGUCUCCUUCUAAGUUGCUCGCCGGAACGCUUGUGUUUCUGGAUCAACUCUCAGCGUAUUAUUCUGUAAUUACAGUUUUAUGGUUCUAUAAUUUAACUGUGUUUGGUAGCUAUAAAGAACGCUAUCGCGCGUUUUUCAGUUGUACUUGACAGGCGUCGGACAGCUGCGGGAGUUCGUCUGUGCUCCCUCCAAAAACACCCGACCGGUAGUCACCCUUUAAAACUGAGUGACCCGAGGUUAAAGCGGUAGGCUAUGCGCGGGUCCUGUUUUUAGUAUCAUCGACCUACAGCGCGCAGAAAGCUUCUCAAACUCUACAGUCGAAGCUCUUUAUGUGAAUUCACGAAUAUGGGUGAUCUAGAUGUGGAUCUACAUGGAAUAUUUGAAGAGAAUGUCACAUUUCCUGAGGACUAUGACUAUCAAUAUCCAGGGGAUGAGUCUUUUGUGAAAAGAGGCAGUGAGGCAGUGUGGGUCCCUGCUCUGUACUCCAUAGUGUUUUUUGUUGGAAUCUUGGGAAAUAUUAUUCUCCUGACAGUUCUGGCUCAAAAGAGGAGACUGUGGAGCAUAUCGGACACGUUUAUUCUCCACCUGAGUAUCGCGGACAUCCUCCUCCUGUUGAUGCUGCCCUUCUGGGCUGCACAGACAAGUCAGCCUUGUGACUGGUCCUUCGGGAUUUUCAGCCAGAUCUUUGGAGUCAUUUUCAAGCUCAACUACUACUGUGGGAUCUUUCUGCUGUUUUGCAUCAGUCUUCAAAACUACCUCUCUGUCAUCCAUGGCAUCCAGUUGUAUUCCCACGAGAAGCCCUUCUUUGUUCACAUCAGCUGUCUGUCAGUCUGGUUUGUCUCUGUCGUCCUCACCGUACCUGACUGGAUUUUCCCAGGGGCUAAAAAGGACUCCACAGAAGAGAAAACAUGUGUUCACAUCUACCCUCAGUCUGGAACUGACUGGCAGUUGUGGUCACGCCUGCUCCACCACAUAUUUGGCUUCGUGCUACCUGCGUUCAUGCUGAUAAUCUUGUCAUAUAUGCUAUGGCAGCGGUGCAGCUCUAAUGGGGCCCGAAUGCAGAGAAAUAUCACCGUCAUCCUGUCUCUGGUGGGCAUAUUCUGUCUGUGUUGGAUGCCGUACAACUUCAUUUUUUUUUUGGACACUGUCAGGAACAGACUUCAGAAACAUCCUAAUGAUUCACAUGAAAGUUCCAAAGGUUCACUAAAAACACUUCUCAUGGUCACCUCUGCUCUAGGCUGCCUUCACGCCAGCCUGAGGCCUCUGCUGUAUCUCGGCCUGUGUGGAAACUUCAGGCAACACUUACUGGCCAUGCUGAGAUGUAAUAAAACUAAACCAGAAGCCUCACUUUGGGAUCUUGGUGUAGACCAGAGACAGCAGCCUGAUCACGGUCAGGUUCAGCAGGAAGAGCUGAAACAGAUGACGGAUGUAGAGAGUCAGUUAGCUCAGUGAAGAUGAACAGAGAAACAUGCUUUCUUGUGACUCAAAUGUGAGCAGAGCAACUUUACACUCCUGAGAGGAAGUAAAUUCAGUUUCAUGUCAUGAGGGGUGGAGGACUUGAUUCUGCAUAACUACCAAGCAGAUGUUUAUAUAUAAAAAAUGACUCUCACAUUCCGGACAUGCAUCAUGAUGACAUAUGCUCACCCAAAAGGGUUAAAGUAGAUACCUAUAUUUUAUUUUUUGAAUUAUUUAAAAUAAAAGUAUUUCGUUUUUUAUAAAUAGUAAAAACUCUGUAUCAUAAUCGUUGAAAUUCAGUGUCAUUCAUGCAAGUUGUUAUCUUUGGCAGUGUUAUUGACAUCAUAUGUUAAGCAGUCCCAAACAGUUUAUAACUUUACCACCAUUAAAACCAUUCACUGUUUAAGCUUUCUCUAUCUGCUCUCUUUGACUUGUCUUGAAGCAGUAAAUCCCAAGAUUGCGUAAUGACAUGUCAGUGUGUGAUUGCUUUGCAGUUAAGGAAUUUCCCCUCAGGCCAGUUUUACUUAAUUUACAAAAUCAUUGUUUCUGGGAAUGUACAAAUGUGACACAGGAAGAAAAGAAAAAAAGUGGUGAUGUCAUCAGUCAGGUGGCAGAGCACAACGGUGGAGGAGGGGUGCUGCACCCUUUUCAUAGCUUUCUAUUUACAGUCAUCUGAAGACGUGUCUGUGUUUGGUAGCAAGAACUGUGUGAGGCUUUGUGAAUAGAGCCGGCUGACAGAAAACCAGCAGACCAGUAUGUGGGAGAAGAACAGAAGUUAGAGAAGAUAAAAACUUAUUGUGAUGAUAGUAGUCUGUGUUGUGCUGCACACACACACACAAGCCUGUGGUUUUAUGCUUUCACACUGUUCAGCACAUCGUGACCUGCCAUGCUUGCCUGGUUUCAAAUCCUAACAAUCUUGAGAAAUGUAACUAUUUCCAGAAAUAAAUGUACUUUCAGUACUGAGUGUUCUUCUGAAAA